AUGGUCCUUCUAUUACAAGCUGCUUUUUUGCCUCGUCUUGUUUAUUUUUUGAGAACAUCCCCUCUGUUGGAUGUUUCGAUCCUCAAUAGUUUUGACGAUCACCUCCGUGACGCAUUCCAGUCCAUCUUCAACAUAAAACUCGAUCAAAAAAAUUGGUUGCAGGGGACGCUGCCUAUAUGUGUUGGUGGCCUGGGUUUGGGUUCCGCGGCUGAGCUGGCACCUUUUGCCUUUUUGGCUUCUGCUGCUGCCACGGUGGCCCUCCAGGAUCUGAUGUUGCCGAGGGAUGGGAUUUAUGUCGAUAACUUCAGAAUGCAAGUAUACGACAUGUGGCGCGCCACCAACGGAGAUGUGGUUGCGCUCGAAAACCCCUCGCAAAAACACUGGAUCGCCCCCUGUCUUAAUAGAUCAGUUGAUCGAUGCAACUGA